CAUCCUGUUAGAUCGCUGCUUGCUUGCUAUGUGAUUGACAGCGGUUUGUGUUUUCCCAGCAUGCCCUGCGGGUCGGUUUGAAUGGCGCAGGCUUAUGUCAGGAAGAAGUGAUCAGAGUUCGAAUCACAAAGUGAAUGCACCGUAUCCUGCACGUUAUACUUUUCAGCAAAACACCAACCCUGCGGCGGGGCCAUGACCCGAUUUUUCAGGGAUUAUGGCAUCUGGAGCCCGCGAUCCUAAGAAGCGGGACCUGGGCGAAGGUUACGCAAAUGAUUUCCCAUGGAAGAGAGUCUCUCCUUCAGCCAAGCAGAACAUGAAGGAGAGUAACAAUCUUUCAAAGGAGAAGUUGGUUUCUGAAGGAAAUAGACUAUCAGUUGGGCAUUCUUCACAAAGCAGUCAAAAGUACUCCAAAGUAGUUUAUUGCAAGAGAAAAGCUCAACAACAAACCCAGUGUCCCACCUACAGAAAGCGGCAGCUCCCCAACAGCCGGGGCUGUGACAUGGCAAAUAAGGAAAAUGAGCUGGCAGCAGGGAACCUGCAUGAGAAAAUCCAUAAUGAGCGGCGCAGCUUUGUGUUCAAUUCCACGGAUUCUGGCUCCUCACAAACAGAAGGACCGUCAUCCAAGUAUAGUGGGUUUUUUACAGAGGUUUCAAAGGAUCAUGAGACAAUGGCCCAAGUUCUGUUCAGCAGGAAUCUGCGGCUAAAUGUAGCACUCACUUUUUGGAGGAAGCGCAGUGUAAAUGAACUUGUAGCAUAUCUAGUCAGGAUACAAGACCUAGGGGUUGUUGUAGAUUGUCUACCGGUCCUUACAAACAGUCUUCAAGAAGACAAAGCAUCAGUGUCUGUUGGAUGCUGUGUGGAUCUUCUGCCUCUGGUUAAAGCUCUACUGAAAAGUAAAUUUGAAGAAUAUGUCAUUGUGGGGCUAAACUGGCUGCAGGCUAUUGUGAAGAGGUGGUGGACACAAUUAUCUGCCAAUUCAGGAAGCAUAGAAGAUGAAAAUGUCCAAAUUUUGAAAAGUCAGCUAAGUGGAAUGUGGCAGCAAGAAAGCCAUCUAACAUCUGUUCCAGGAUACACGGGCAACAUAGCUAAGGAUUUGGAUAGUUAUUUAUCACAGCUUCAUUGACUGGUGCUUCCUUGGACUUUACACCGUUAUUUUAUGAAUUGACCAGAUGAAAUAUUUUUGCGCAAGGUUUUCUUCUAAAGCUUGUGAUGGCGACAUAGCCGCAAAAGUUUAGUAAAACCACUAAUAUUGAAGAGGACUGCUGGUCAAUUUCCACGUAAUUACACAGCCACAGGCAGUGGUGAUUACCUGCUUCAUAUUGAAGUAGUGUUACAUUCACGUAGCAGCAUUAACUCGUUCAGAGGAAAUUGAACUACUACUUCUGGAUUGUGGAUGAGCAUUUCCUGAAGACUUCUGAAGUCUAUGCUACUGAAUUAUUACAUAUUGUCACUGGGAUCAAGGACUGAUUGGAAAUGACAGUAAAAUGCACUUCCUUUUAUCUUGGAGAGACUACAAAACUGUGCCUGCUAAACUCUGGUAGAUUUUAUUAUGGGAACCAGAAUGUUGCAGGUUUUUUCUAACUAUGUUAAAAUAUUUGAAGAAUUAAUAUUAAAUACUUUUUGCAAUAGACAUUAAAAAGAAAAUUGUCAUAUUUACUCUAA